AUGAGGUUACUCAAGAUCCUCCUCCUCGCCACCUCCGUUUUCGAGUUUAUCGUGUGUGGACGCGAUUUUUAUAAAAUUUUGGGCGUCUCCAAAAAUGCCAACGCUAAUCAGAUCAAAAAGGUGAGAUUUUUGCAUUUUUUGGCGAAUCAUUAAAAUGAACAAACAAAAUCAUUAAAAUAAACAAAAAUGGUAAAAAUUCAAAUUCCCGCUAGACUUUUGCAAAAUUACACUAAUUUAAAGGCGCAUAACCUGAUUUUCAAUAAAUUUACGACACGAAUGGCCCAAAACAUCGAAAGUUUGAUGCCUCGAUCAAUCUUGCGAACACUACAGUACCUUAAAAACCGUGCAAAUUUCAAAAAUAAUGUUUCAGGCGUACCGAAAACUCGCAAAAGAACUGCAUCCGGACAAGAAUCAUGACGACGAGUUGGCGAACGAAAAGUUCCAGGACCUGUCGGCCGCCUAUGAGGUUCUUUUUUCUCUCCAGAAAACAUCCAAUCAAUAUUCUGUGCAGGUAUUGUCGGACAAGGAAAAACGUGCGAUGUACGACCGGCACGGAGAAGAGGGCUUGGCCAAAAUGGGCGGUGGCGGCGGCGGCGGAGGACACGAUCCGUUCAGCUCCUUCUUCGGCGAUUUCUUUGGAGGCGGUGGGGGUGGAGGGGGAGAAGAGGGAACGCCGAAGGUACGUAUGUGGUCCCGGUCGGGCCGGGUUAAAAAUCCAGUGAAAACCAGCUUUUUCUCUCAAAAACCAGUUUUCCACGUAAAACUAGACGAACUUUGCCAAUUUGACCAAAUGUUAGCUAAAUCUGUCCUUUUUCCAAUUCUGUCAAUUCAAUCCUGUCACAAAACGGGAAAAGUUCCAUUUUCCCACGAAAAUUUUAGUUUUUCCGCAAAUUUUUCAAAUUACCCGCCAAAAGUGCGCUAGAGAGACAUUUUACACUCAAAACCUCUUUUCCAGGGCGCCGACGUGACAAUCGAUCUGUUCGUGACACUCGAAGAAGCAUACAGUGGACACUUUGUCGAGGUAUAACUUUUUCCGGCUAAAAACGUGAAAACCAGCAAAUCUGGCAGAAAAAGCAAUUUUGCAUGUUUUCCAGAUCAAACGAAAAAAGGCAGUGUACAGGCAGACGUCGGGCACGCGUCAGUGCAAUUGCCGACACGAAAUGCGAACCGAACAAAUGGGACAAGGCCGCUUCCAAAUGUUCCAGGUCAAAGUGUGCGACGAGUGUCCGAAUGUGAAGCUGGUGCAGGAGAAUAAGGUCUUAGAGGUGAGAAAUGAGGUCACAAGUGUGCAAUUUGAGCCGGAAAACCCACAAAAUCCUUUAUUUUGGAGACACAACUUUAUGAAGAAAAACUCUUGA